AUGGGCUGCAUGAAAUCAAAACAAACUUUCCCAUUUCCCACCACACUUGAGAGUGAGAAGAGGCAUGUGAGUGAAGAAAACUUUAUGCCUGAAGAGAAAUUUCUACCCAGGAUACCUUCUCUAGUUAAUGUCAAAGAGGAAGUGAAGGAACCCCCAGGGCCUCAAAUUGUGGUCUUCGAAUUUGCACAGCACCUGUCCCAGGAAAUCUUGAGUGAUGCCUUGCAGCAGUGGGCAGGCAACAACCUCAAGUACUAUGACAUCCCAUAUAUUGAGAGUGAAGGGCCUUGAUUCUAUGUGUAGGAUGACAACACUUUCUUGAACUGUGGAUAAAGUUGGUGCUAGUUUAAAUGCAUGAAACAAUAGCAGAAACUGGUGUGAAUAAAUACAAAUAACUUCAUCUGGGUGUAAAGAAAAAUAUUACAAUAGCUUCAAGAGUCUAAUACCUAAAAUGAAGUGUUUUAAGCAGUUCUACAUUAACAGCAGUUUCUCUGCUUGGUCUUGGAUUUGAGUCAUUAAAGGUUUAAAUGUAAGUGCUCUGGAGCCACAGGAAUCAAUCAGCUGUGUGUCACACCACUUCCUUCCAGAGGCAGUAAUGCCAUCACCAAAGAAAUAAGAAUUUUAAAAGCACCUUGGGUUUACAAAAUAACUGUCAAUUUAAACAAAACCUGCAAGGUACAAAAGGAUUUUUCGUUAAAUGCCUGGGUAAGGGAAUGGCACUCAAGCCACAGUGGUUAACGAUGGGUUUGUUUGUCAAAACCUUUUGGGUCAAGGUUUGGAUCCCUCCUUAACACAAAUGGUCAAACAUAAGAAAGCAACCCAUGUGGAAGAGGUCCACCAUGAACCCUGUCCUUAAUGAAAUAUUUACUUUUGUAGAUGAAAAGCAUAACUAUCACCUGGAUAGUUAGUCAGGGCCCUAACUAAUCAGAGCUGUUAUUGGAUGAUUCAGACUUUGCAUAUAAGCAUCUUAACGAGAUACAAUUUAUAGACGUCAUGAAAAUGUUUCCUGCAUUGAAUUAGGUAGCCCAGUGAUAUUACUGUAUAAGAAAACAAGCAUGCAUAGCUUUUAUAAACAGCAAGCCAAAAAACUAAAGUAACAGAAACUCUAGCUGGCGAGGUAGGAAGAAGAACCCGGUCUCAGUGCUGCAUGUGUGUUAAGUUUUACUGUCUCACAGAUAUAAGGGACUGGUACAUGGACAGGCACCAUUCAGAUUACUAUUCGGAUUAUGCAUGAGAUUUAUAGUUAUUACAAAAGAUCAAAUACUCCUCUAAAGGGAAUACUCACAUGUAUAUUUUUACUGGUAAAAAAGCCCAUGGGGGCAUUUACAGCCAUAUACUAUACUAUUUUCAUAAAUUUGGCUUUUUGGGGAAGUUUUCUGAAAAAAAAAAAAAAAAUUAGUUUAAGAUAGUGACGGAAAAUUCAGGAAAGCAGAAAGAAGAUACCAAGAAGACAUAACUUGCAAGAAAACUGAUACAUUAUAAGAUCCUUUUACUAAGAUACGGUAGACCCUUAUAAUCAAAAAUAAAGAAAGGCAGAAAAAAGCUUGUGACCUCUAAUGACAUAAAUGUAUAUGACCUUAUGAGCAAGCAGAAUUGUGACCUCUAAUUUUAGCAUUAUACUCUGAAGCCCACAGUCAAACAGACUAAAUUCUCCAAGGUAAAUGGGCAAAGAAAAUUUUUCAAAGUGACAGGCGUGUCAUCUUUCAGUUGCAUUUGUACAACUGGUCAUUUAACCUUCACCUACUCCCAGGGUUUGUACUGUACUGUUGUACUUAUAAUCUAGCAACAGAAACAGAAGAACCACCACCCUGUUCAUACAAAGAUCUGAAGUCACAAGGCUAAGAAUAGAAAGUUCCCAAAACAUGCAAAACAUUUCCAGCUCAUGAAGAAAAAUUUAGUUUUAUGAGUGUUUAUACUAAUGACUCAGACAAAAGCCUAGAUGUUGUCAUUUUUCAUUCAUUUUAUAUCUCACAUCAUGUACUUUCACUACAAGGUCAUUGCUGUUUAAAAGAUAUAAUUAAGUAUAUAAGAUAAUACAUAUUAUGGUGAGAACACAAAGCCAUAUGAAAGUGCAUUACACUAGAUUUUUCAGCAUACAUAGGGAUAAAGACUAGUAAGUAGGCUUUGAUUACACCUAAAUAUUUUAACCUCAGGUUCCUCCUUUGCCCUGGUCUUUACUUUCUAGGGGAGUAAUACAACGAUGUCUGCCAGAUCGUAAUCUAGCUAGAAGCCUAAUCUCUGUCGCCACCCUCUCUGAUUCUAUGGCUUUGUCACUGAGCACCACCCCCUCGCUCCCAACUCAUUUUAACAGAGUUAUAGUAGCUUGUGACACAGAGACUUAAAGCUUGUAUAAUCAGUGAGUUAGUGGAUAAACCAUGUUGGGGGCAGGCAGGAAACAGCUGGAUCAAAUGUACUGCAUAUGACUGUUAUCAUGAUAUAGUUUGGUGUGAUGGCAAGAUAAACGAGAACAUCUUUGACAGGAUAAUUCCAUUGCUAACCUGCCUUAAUAUUUAAAUAUCAGAUUUCCUCCAUUUGAAGGUCUUUCAUGAACAAAGUAGAAAGGCUGUUUGAGAAGGAAGGAGACAGACAUUAAGAAGACAAGACUGAAAGAAUUAUUAGCUACUGGACCUGAAAACAUUUGUUCAAACUUAGAUCACAAACACGAAGAAAUAAGAAUAGUGACCAAACUAUAAGGGAAAGAAAAGUGGGGGAAAGAGGGACCAAAAAACAACACUCCCAUCAGGCUCUAAAAACAAGCUUCCAGUAUUGCUAUUUGAGGGCAAGACCUGCCCCCGCUCCCACACCACUCCAUUGGUUACCACAUGACACGUGCAAAACCAUUCAAUCUUUUACCUCAAAAACACCCAGUGGAGGGGGAGAUGAAUGCCAGCAGAUGACGGAGUACCUGAAGGGGCAGCUGUAGAAGCAGCAGAUGAGCAGAGAAGAGGCACCAGUUCCUCACUUAAAGCCCACACACCCACAGACGCACUCGCACGGCUCCCUUCCCCAUGCAGCCUCUCUUCAGUGCUAGUCACCACCUUUUAUGCACAGGCCUUUGAUCCGAGACCUCUCCACUUUGUUGCCUUAUCAGUUCUUUGCAAACCACCUAUGGUUAUUAGCACUUAAAGCACAAGGGGAUUUGAGGGGGAUAAAUGUGAUCUUAGUCCCAAAGGAAUCGUUUGUGUCAAACUGCCUUAUUAGUAUUAAAGAGAGACAUGCUGAAUGAAUCAAGUAGCAUGACGCGCGUAUAGCCCACUCGGUAUCAUUGGCAUUUUAUGAGAUAGGGGAACUAUACUUUUGUAAUUAUAUAUUUUUAGAAAUCAGAAGUUAAGAGACAAAUUAUAAUAUCAAGGAACAGUAAUUUAAAAACAAAGUUCUAACAAAUAAAUGGCUUGCUUAAUCAUAAUUCCCUCAUCCUGUAUCUUUGUGACCAAACUGGACAUGUCUUCCCUGCAGCAGUGGACACGAGCUCAGAUGUACUCCCUACAUCUUGAAAUGACAUUUGUUAGCAAAUUCUCUUCACUGUAAGACUUACCUAUGAAAUGGUAUAUUUUUUCCAAUUAUUUUUGUGAAAACACUUUUCCUAACUGUACAAUAAAAGUCCAGUUGCAAUUAA